AUGAAUCAUCAUCAUCAUGAUAAUGAUCAUCAAUCGAAGAAACAAGAAGAAAAUGUGGUACUUUCUCCAAUUUCAAUUUUUAUUAGUUUUCUAAUGACUUUGAAUGGAGCAAGAGGUGAAACUCUUGAACAAUUAUUUAAAUUAUUAUCAAUUGAUAAUGAGAAAAGUUUGGGAGAAUGGCGAAAUCAAGAGUUGGUUCCUUAUGCGAAUGGAAUUAUUGAAUCGAUUGGAAGUUCUCAAGUGUUAAAGAUUGCUAAUGGAUUGUUUGUUGCUGAGAGAAUUGAAUUACAGAGCGAGUUUGAACAAUUAACAAGUAACAUUUUCAAAUCUUGUGUGCAAUCGUGUAAUUUUGAUAAUGCUGAAUCGAGUGCUGAUACAAUUAACAAAUGGGUUGAAGAAAAGACACAAAAGAUGAUUAAGGGAUUGGUUUCUCCUUCAGCUUUCAAUUCAGAAACUUUGUUAGUUUUGGUGAAUGCUGUUCAUUUUCUUGGAAAUUGGAAGUUGCCAUUCGAUCCAAAUGAUACUUUCGAUUAUGAAUUCACAUCUCACGUGUUUCCAAAUAAGAAGAUACCAACCAUGAGUAAAUAUAAUGAGAGAGUUGCUUAUGGAAAUGAGAAGGAUUAUCACUGGGUGGCAUUGCCUUAUUCUGAUGCAAAUUAUAGAAUGACCAUUAUUACAACAAGAGAAACAGAGGUUAAUGAACAAAAUGAAAGAGAAUUCAAUAGUUGGUUCUGUAAGAAAUUGGAUUCUGGGAAGAGUUUGAAACAAUUAUUUUCAGUUAGCUCAGAAGAACUCUCUUAUAUGUACAUUCCAAAAUUCGAUAUUGAAUAUUCAAUUGAUCUGACUGAGACACUAUCCCAAGAUCCUUUCAGUGUUAAAAAUGUAUUUUCCAAUGCAGAUUUUAGUGAAAUGACAACAGUGGAAACUGUCAAAAUUUCAAAAGUCAUUCACAAGGCAAUUAUUAAAGUGGAUGAAUUUGGAACAAAGGCAGCUGCUGCAACUGCAAUUAUUGCUGAGGAAGAUAAUGACAUUGAAGAGUUAUAUUUCACUGCUGAUAGACCAUUUAUUUAUUUCAUUUCUCAUGUUCCAUCUGGAUCUGUAAUCUUUGUUGGAAAAUUUAUUGGAAUGCCUUGA